UCCUCUCUCCUCUCUCUCUCCUCUCUCUCUCUCUCUCGGUGAGGGUAAACUCUUGGGCGUAGACCUCCUCCAGGGAUCCUGUUCUCCGUCCCUGGGCUGUGGUGGAGGAGGCCAGCCCCGGUCUCUGGAGCCUGUCACAGACACCCCUGUCCAGCACAUACCCCUGAGGAAGACCCAUAGUGACCUGGACCCCAGCCUCAGCCUUCCCCAGUCCCCCAGGAACCCCCCUCCUACCCUGGGCACCAUGGAUCACUCUGCCGCCCUCCUCUGCUCCAACUCCCCCUCUCAGUCCUGGAACGGCCCCAAGGGCUCCACCUUCUCCCCGGGAGCCUGGAACGAGGCCUAUAGUUAUAGUUUAGCUCCAAGUCCGCUGGGGAAGGGACCGGCGACCCUGCCCAAGGGACCAAGGAUGGUUGGGGGGCAGGGUGGGGAGUUGAUGUGCCCCUCUCAGACCAGUUUGGGACUCUCCGUGAGCUCGGGGUCGCAGUCUCACUCUAGUUCGUUCACGUCAAUAUCAGAACCUUCCGGACACAGGCACCCAGGCACCAUAGGGAUGAUGAUGGGGAGGCGGAGCGAGACAGAGGGGGCGGCAUCUAGCCCCACUGACGAACGGAGCGGUUCGGAGAGAGGGAUGGGAGGAGGAGGAGAGAGAAGGGAAAGGUCGGCGCGUUCUGUCGCCGCCGCCAAUGCAUUUAAGUUCCGUGAGCGUUCUCUUUCCACGCCGACGGAUUCCGGCUCGUUCUGCUCCACGGAUAACAUCUGCGGCGGGAUGUACGGCGUCGGUGGACUACCUGGAGCCGGUAAUGGGACAAACGGGAACGGUGGCAGCAUUUUAACAGAGAUGCACCACCCCCACCACCAUUACCCUGGCGGCGAGGGGGGUGAGAGGGGCGAGAGCUACGCCCUCUUCUACCCCAGUGGGAGCUCCGAGGAUGGGAGCAACAGCAUUGACAACGUCUCCGUAACUGACGGCAACUUCCCCCCGGGAGGUCGCCUACGGUUACGUUCUCGCUCCAUCUCGCUGAAGAAGUCCAAACGCAAACCCCCUCCGCCCGUCCGGAGCGUCUCGCUCGUGAAGAAUUUAGGGGGCGCCGAGGGACGCGUGCAUGGCCACAACGGAGGGCACUACCGGGACGGGCGCCCCAAAUCCCUCCACAUCCCACGGGACCACCUCCAGGACUUCCAGCCAGACUUCCUCCUACCCUCCUCCUCCUCCUCCCUCUCCAAGCCCGAUCUGGAGGAGCCUGAGCUGGGCCACGGCGGCGUGGACGGACCCCCUAGCCUCGAGGUCCACGGACCAGACACAACAGAGCUGUCCUUCCCAGCCCACUGGCAGCUGGAGGAGUGGAAAGCUUCUGACCCCUACAGGUCGUUGUCUGGGUCUAGUACAGCCACGGGGACGACUGUUAUAGAGUGCAUGAAGGUUCGGGGCAGCUCCGAGUCUCUCCUGGACUCCCCCUCCACCUCCAGAGCCACCUCCCCCUCCCUGCUCUCCAUUGAGGCAGAGUCGACCAAAGCUUCCUCCCCCUUCAAGCCACCAGGACUCAUGUCCCCCUCCAGUGGCUACUCUAGCCAGUCAGAAACUCCGACGCCCAUCACCCCCUCCAACCAGGUGGCAGGAACACCAACAGGGCCCGCCUGCACGUUGGGGUGUAAGAUGCGCCCCAAAAUCCCAGAGAGGAAGUCUUCGUUGCCAGCUACAUCACCACGGGACCCUGCUGCCCGAUCGAGGCUGUCCUUCGAGAUGCCGGUUAACGCUCAUCUGGAUUUGUCCUCCAUCAAACCAAAACAGAAGGCCAGCCGGCGCCAUUCUGACACGUCCACCGCCACUAAGCCCGGUAAACUGAGUGCCGGCAGCCAAUCAACACUCCCAGUGGUGAACACGAACGAGCUCCGGAACAUCCGCCUGCGUUCUGUCUCCCGUACCGACCUGGAGGACUGCCUCGAUGGAGCCUCUAAUGACAUCAUUGAGGAGGAGCAGGGUCGCGACCUUUCCCCCCCGCCUGUCACCCCAGGUUGCACUCCCGGCCCCCUCGUUGCCCCCAAACCCAAACCCCCUGUGGCCUUCAAGCCCCCAUUACCCAAACGCCCCCUCAACAUCCUCCUCAAGUCCCCCUCCUCCUCCCCCGUCGCUUCCGACUCCCCCCCUGCCUCCCCUGUUAACCCUCCCCGGCCCAUGCCUAACCCCAGCAUCUACAUGGUAGUAGGUAGGAAGCCCAAGCUGAAGAAAGCCUUCCCUCACACCCCCACCAGUCCCUUUAGACCCCAGGAACAUCCCCAAACCUUCCCCCUCCACUACCCCCAGAGCCUCUACGAUGCCCCCUCCUUCCCCCACACCCAGUCCCUGUACGAUCUGCCUCCUCUCCCCCUGCCCCAGCCCCUCCUGGAGGACCCCUCCAUGGAGCCGGAGUUCAACCCUGACUUGGAGCUCCGUCUUGGGCCUGAGGAUGGAGGGUCUCUCCCCUCUCCCUGCAGUAACCAGGAAGUGUUGGAGACUCAGGAUAAGAGCACGUCUCUACCUAGCAGGAUGACCAUAUCCUGUCUGGCUGAAUUGGACAAGAAGAAACCCAAGGUUCCUCCGCCGGUUCCAAAGAAGCCCAACGUCCUGCUUCUCCCCUCCAACGGUACCACCGACAGACAGGGAACACAGACAGACAGCCCUGCCGCUCUCCGCUCUCCCGUUGGAGCGUUCCCACCAGAAGAGAUUCCCGGGAAAGAGGAAAACCAGGAAAAUUACCUGGGAAUAGGAACGGAUGAGGAAAGCUCCAUGGAGUCUUCAUUACAGGACUCUUCUUUUACAGAUGCGGAGGGGAGGCUCAGCAUUACAGAGACAGGCAGAAGUGAUGACGCGGAGAGCGUUGAGGAGAGCAGUUCGGUCGUUAGUGACAAGACGGAGCUCCACAUCACAGAGGAAAUGGAUGAUGAUGUCAGAGGACACACACCUACCACACACACCACAGAGGACCUGUUCACCAAAAUACACAGGUCAAAAAGGAAAGUCCUGGGCCGUAAGGAACCAGGGGACUCGUUCGGCAGCCGCCAGAGUCUGGUCUCCCCGGUGAAGCACAGCACCAGUGGUGGUGACCUCCGAACCCUGACCCUGGGCUCGACCCCGCGCUCCACCUCGCGGAACGACAACUUCAUGGCCCUGCUCCAAAAGAAGGGCAGCAAGUCCAGCACGGGAGGGGCCAGAGUCUCUGCCAUGGAACUCCUCAAGAGCACAAACCCCCUCGCGCGACGCGUCACAGAAUUCUCGACCUCAGCGGACGGAGGGGAUAUGACCACCGGGAAUCAUGGAACCAGACUGCCUCAGGACCAAUGAGAGUCUGAACCAUUGAAUGUUUUUAAACCACUUGUCCCAGGUCAUUCUCUCUCUCUCUCUCUCUCUCUCUCUCUCUCUCUCUCUCUCUCUCUC